GGCAGACUGACUAAGCUCCGAGAACUUCUGCUCAGCUACAACCGCAUAUCUGAGGUCCCUGCAGAAUUGGGUGACUGUGAGAGUUUAGAAAGGCUGGAACUUGCUGUGAAUAAAGACAUUUCUCAUCUACCAGACCAGCUUAGUAAACUGAGACAGGUCACCCAUCUGGACCUAAACAUGAAUCAAUUUUCAGCAAUCCCAACGGCUGUUUUGGAUCUCCCAGCACUGGAAUGGUUGGACAUGGGUAGCAACAAACUAAGUGACCUGCCCAAAGAGAUAGACAAGAUGAAGACAUUACACACUUUGUGGCUUCAACGCAAUAAAAUUUCUGAACUUCCAGAUUCCAUCAGCUGCCUGAAAAACCUCAGUACUUUGGUCCUGACCAAUAAUCUUAUGAAACAGAUUCCACUUUGUCUGCAGAGCUUGCACAACCUUCGGUUUGUAAAUUUCAGGGAUAACCCAUUAGAGCUUCAGAUUACUCUACCACCCAGUGAUGAUGAAGAAGAAGAGGGCGAGAGAGAGCUGUUUGGCCUACAGUUCAUGUAUGUCUAUAUCCAGGAGAUCCUAAAAUGCAACCACUCAGGUGUGUGUGUCCCAAUGGCUAUGGGAAGCAGCCUACAAUUUUAUUGUUAUCAGUCUGUCAUCCAACAUUUUCCUUUUCUAUUUGCAGCCUCACAAAAACAAUGCAAUUUAGGAAUUUUCUAUGUAAAGCUGAACUUCAGGCAAACAUUUAAAUAA